CGCCGCUGCAUGGGUGGGCCUUGUCGUCGUCAACAGAGACAACUACGAAUAACAAAAAAAAAGUUUGGUUUCUUGGGGAAUUUGGAAACGGUGAACCCGAUCAAGGGCUCGCUGACUAUUUAAUAGAGUCGGGAUGCGAGUGCCGAUUGACUGAUUGAUGGACCAGCUCAUGUACAUACACGAAGUCAAGGUAACUCGGCUAGCUUGGGUGCUGUUAACCAUCGGAUGAACGAAAGUCGCGUAGCAUUUCUGUUCUGUACCGUAGGUUCAGGGUCCAUCUGAGAUUUCACCUCGAGCACGAAUUUUAGCGCCAAGUGUGUCAGGAGUAAGCCCCACCAAGACCAAAACCCACGCACACCCCAUCCCAGGAGGUCCUUGUGUCAUGGGUGUGUGUUUACUCCUUUUGCUGGAGGCGGGCGCCUACAUGUAAUACUACCAAGUACUGAUCAGUUAGAACUAAGAACCCUACACCUCUUUUCGACUUUUUAUCAUCACUCAGUGCAACAAGACCUCGAAGCCACUCUUUGUGUGCCCAAGUCGGCAUCGAUCGCCCAAAAGUCACGUACCUAUCCCAGCAUCCGCCAGCCACCAGCGUGCGCCCCCCAUUGUCUCUGGUUGUUCUUUCCCACCUGAUGCGACAGCCCAGAAGAGACUAAACCUGCUAGCAACCCACUACUUCGCCAUUCCAUAAGCCAAGGCACCCACAAGCCGUAGAGGCUAAUACUCUCCAGUCGUCCGCCCUUGAACCGAUCUGAUCUCUUGCAACUUUAGCAUCACGGGCCAGCCGACCUUCCCUCCCUACCUUACAUCACUCUCACUAAGCUCACCCAAGGGUUUCGACCGCUCCACCUACGAACCCAACAACCUCUUAUCCUCCACCAGCACUCUCGACUGAUGCUAGGGAACACCGUACAUGAUUCCACGACCAACUUUCCAUUGAUAAACGCCAACGGGAACUGUUUCGAUUCAGCCAGCACCACGCAUUCAUACGCAAAAAUGGAGGAUAUCAGAGGUCCGCCGGGCCGCCAUAAGAGCAUGUCGAUGUUGCUCGUAUCUUCAUAUGCCUUCGACUGGGUGGUAUUACUUGUUGUCGCCGGCAUUGGAGGCUGGCUUGGGAUUUUGCCGCCUAACCACCGCCCGUUUCAACUUGAGAAUCACAACAUCUCAUUCCCUUUUACAGAAAAGGAAACCGUGCCUAUGGUUCUGGCGGCAAUACUGAACACGGGUUUACCGAUCAUCAUUGUUUCUUUCAUUGCCCUCGUCUUUGUUCCCGGCUCGACUGUACCACCUGGAACCCCUAAGAGCAUGAUCUGGAGGAGGAAGCUGUGGGAGCUCCACACCGGCUUGCUCGGUCUGGCUUUGUCUGUCGUGGGCGCCUGGUUCGUGACCAAUGCCAUGAAGAACAUGUUUGGAAAGCCGCGCCCCGAUUUGAUUUCUCGCUGCCAGCCUGACCUCGAGAACGUUGCCAAGUAUGUCGUUGGAGGCAUUGCAAACACUACUAGCAAUGGCCAGCUCGUUAGCCACUUGAUCUGUAAGAACCCGGACUCCGCGCAGCUUGAGGAUGGCUUCCGAUCUUUCCCAAGCGGGCACUCUUCCUCUUCGUCAGCAGGCCUGCUGUAUCUAUCGCUCUUUAUCGCUUCCAAGUUCGCGAUCACCAUCCCAUUCCUUGCGCCCAGCAACUUCUCGAACGCGAGCUCAUUCAGUGCCUUCCCGUCCCGCAUCCAACGGUCCGGCGCCGGCUCAGAGAGCUACGAGAUGGUCGACCGCUCAAAUGGCGGAUCCCCCUCUGACGACAUCUCCCGUCCCAAUGACCCGGCUGCGGCUAGGCGCCUGGCCUCGCAUUCGAGAGCCGUCGCCGCUGUCCGUCUCCAGGCUGCCGCGCCCCCGCUUUACCUGCUACUGAUCGCGUGCCUUCCUACCUUCGGUGCCAUAUUCAUCUCCGGAUCUCGUUGGUUCGACUACCGCCACCACGCCUUUGAUAUCAUUACUGGCUUCCUCAUUGGCGUUAUCACGGCCGUAUUUGCGUUUCGCUACUACCACCUACCCAUCAGCCAAGGCGCCGGCUGGGCUUGGGGUCCUCGAAGCCAGGACAAGGCCUACUGGGCCGGUGUGGGAAGCUAUAGCUACGCGACCAGCAAGAACGAUUGGUCGCGUGCUGGCGAGGAGGAUGAGGCCAGCGUCGAGGCUACUGCACAGGCGACCGAUUACGAGAGUGUGAGGCGUCAGCACAUUGGUGUCGCUUCAAGUGGACACAACGGUCCUGUCAAAAGAGCGUACGACAACGCGAGUAUACAUUCGGCUAGACCAUCACCGCCGAACGCGAAUCAGUUCGAUUUUACCAACAGGGUCUAGUUGAACCCCAAAGUCUGGGUCUUCGACUGAGAUGACACCCAAUAAAAUCAAAGAUUCCUAAAUCUUAGGAUCAGUUUUAGAAAAAGAAGGAAACUAUCAGCAAAUUUUUUAUGAAGGGUCUUACUAUUUGUAUCAUCAAAAGGCUUUUCAUUGCUUUCAUGAAUCGCAGAGCCGAGCUUGUCUAAUACCCAUGUUAACGAAUUUUGGGGGCUUUUUUUACAGCCUUGUUGCUAGAGCUCUCCUGUGCGCUCAUUUUCUGUAUGUUUACUCAUAUGGAUUCCAUGUUGUAAGAGCUUCGGACGAUGGAGUUUGAUAGUUAUUUUUUUUACUU